ACUGCUUAGGAAUACGUGGUUUACCCCCACAACUAAGGGGUCCGACGUCCGUUCCCGGACUCCGUGCACGGUUCUGGUAUGUCUGGGCCGGGGUACGAUAGGCCAAGGCCUAACGUUAUGUUUUGCUAGAAUUAGCCUGACCGCGACAUUGAGCUUUUGUUUUCUUUCAAAUCUCAGUAGGAUGCGGUAUGCCCUACCCCCCAUGCCCACGCCUCCUUUCAAAAUAAACUUGCAAGCUGGAGAUUGUUCUGAGCGAAAUGGAGGCCAACUUUUCUGGUCUGGCACCAACCUCUUCCACUCAUCAAUGCAUUGUUGUUAGGAACAGGCAUCCCAUAGUAUGGAGGCCAUAACAGAUUAUGACUGGCUGUUUCCCAAAGGCCAUUUCUCACAUCAAGCCCGGAUCCUAGAGACACAUCUUUUGUACUCGGGAAGUCUCUCUGAGAAUAAGAGACCAAAAAGUGCUGAAAUUCUCCAGAGUGUGUUAUUGCCAUCGUCCCACUGUACACCAAGAAACGUACGCAGAGAACAACCUAAUCAUUCUCUGACAGCAGCUAAAAGGGAAUUGGUCCAAUUCUCUGCCAAGGAUGUUCUACCAGUGCCACGGAGGAAUGGAUCACUUCCAAGGCCUGAAGAUCACCUGCUCAUCAGUCAGCUUAGACAGGAUCUUCAUCAGAAAGAGAGAGAGGCAUCUAGAGUAUCUCAAGGCCUUCAGAAGGAGACACUUGAGGGAGUAAGACUGAGGAGCAAAAACCAAGAAUUGGGAAGACAGUUGGAGCAGACGUUGGAGCAGAUUGGUCAGCUGGAGGCCCAGUUGGGAUGGAGAGAGAAGGAGCUGGCCUCCAAAGAAAAGGCCGUCACUGAGCUGAAUCGGUUUCUUGAGGAGACUGCAGAGAAGCAAGCACAGGCCCGGACGGCCCUUAAGAUUCACAUGGAGGAGCUGAUCCAACGAGCUGAGAGUGCUGAGAAUGAGAUUGCAACGCUUAGGAGCACCAUGCACCACAAUCUGCAGCCUGCUAGUUCACUGGGCACAUUGGUUAGUGAUGACAGGUUUUCAAGGCUCAAACAUGAUCACAGCCAGAAUCCUCUCAGAGUCCAUCACGACCUUCACAGAUCAACUCCAAGUUCAGACAUUUGGCAGUCCACAGACCCCCCUACUCAGCUGAACAAAGAUUGGCAAACCACAACAACAGCUAGUUCCCUCCUUCCCACUGAUUUCCCACGCUCCCAGACAUCAGCACUUCGUUCUCCAAAACAGCAUCUAGAGGUUCGCAUCAGCCCUGCAUUGUCUUUGGGUCAUGACCCCAAUGGGUACCAUCGAUCAGCAGCAGUCAAUGCAGAUUCUGGGGUGGGAUCCUUGUAUGCAGGGAACCAGCCAAGUACAGCUGGCAGUGAUACCCAACUGGUCUCAAAAUCACAACCAUAUUCAUCAAAAGAGGGCUUAUUACACUACGACAUUCCACAACUGCAAAGAAGUUACAACUUGUCUGAUAAAUCUCAGAGCUCUGCAGAUUUCCAACAGAUAAUUAACAACUCACACGGAACCAGUGGAAGCAGACAUGGUCUCCAAACUGAGGCUUUGAUUGAGCCCUCAGUGAAUCCAACCCUCCUUCAGUCAAGCCCCGCCCACCAGAGUGAUAACAGCCCAGCCAUCAGCCACAGAUCAUGGGAUUUAAACUUCCUAAAUGAAGUUAUGGAAGAUGUAUUGAAAAACCGAGAAGCCAGAAAACACCUAGAUAUGAGUAAUCCAUCUAGUGCUGGUCUGCAGCCAGGUAACCAAGCAAAUGUGAGAUCUCUUCAUACCAACCAAUUGCAUUCACCACUUCAGGCAUACAGACCAGAUGCAAGGUCGUCUUCUGUGAACCGUCGUUGGUCCACGAGUGAUUAUGAUGACCAUGAUUACGAUUAUGACACAGAUGAGACAAAUUCAAUCUAUGAACAAAAAUCAAGAUCAAAUAUUAGGGUGCCCCCUAAGCAAGAUCCGCAUUGGCAAGCAGUCUGGCUGUGUGUAUUCACCUAUCUAGACACAGAGACACUCUUGACUUGUGCGGAGGUGUGUCGUGGAUGGAGAACAAUCUCUAAGCAUCCAUCUCUGUGGCAGAUUGUACGACUAGCCAACCACAAGAUCUCCUCAAAGUUCUUACAGACUAUAUCACAGUGGAGUAAAAGCUUAGAGCACUUACACUUAGAAGGUCUGAAGCCACGAAGCAGGAUACCAGGAGAAAGCAGGGAAAAAUACGCCAAGAACACCAGGGGUAGUCUGGAGUCGGGUUUGGAGUACAUUUUGAUUGCAGCUGGAGCUAGACUCAUCACCCUGAAGAUAGUGGAUUGUUCAAACAUUCUUACUGAGAGGAGUCUUUUUCUGGCCAGCUGUUACUGUCGUAAUCUCUACAGUCUAUCUUACAUCAGCCAGACCGACCCCAUAGGUCACGAAGUCAUAUGGGCAUUAGGAGCCGGCUGCCGAAACAUAGCAUCCCUCAAAGUCCCACCUCGUCAACCUUGUCCUCAGCACCAACGACUCAGCAAUCGUUGCCUGCAGAUGAUUGGUCGGUGUUGGCCGUUGUUGCUCGCACUCAGUGUGGGUGGACCUAGCAUUGAUAUCCACGGACUUGUUUCUAUUGCACGUAACUGCCCCAGACUGCAAGUCCUAGAGCUUGACCAUCUUCCUGAGGUCACAGAGGUCAUCGCUAUAGCGAUGUGCCAGGCUGGAUUGAGAGGUCUUCAUACCCUAAUCCUCCGAAACACACUUAUCAGUCCCAAUGCCAUCAUGCAGUUCAAUGGUGCUUGCCCACAGUUGAAGGCACUGUCUGUGUACCUCAGCCCAAGUAUCUGUAGAGGUGACAACAAAGAUUUUCACAACAUCGUCUCAAGGCUCAGGGCUCUGACCAAGAGACGAGUGCUUUCAGAUGUGCUGCAUGUUUUUGCCAAAUUCAACUGAAGCUACAGAUUCUGCAGCAAAAGCCGGGUUCCCAUGGGUAGGCUGAGGCUCAUGGGAUUGCCUGCAGUGCAAGCUCCCCUAUAAGGCAGGGUUUCCCAGGAUACACUUGUGGAAAUUCCAUAAAGGAAAUCUCCAUAUUAGCAGAGAUCCAUACUGGUAGUAUUUCUGUUCCAUUGGGUCAGUGUUUGCAUAUUGUCAAGUUGUGCUGUUCUUUAGCAAGGUAAGGUUAUUAAAUUGUUUAUGGGUCAUUUGUUAUUGUGGUUUAAAGUCAAUCACUGUAACCAAGUUAUACAAAAACAUUCCUUUAAGUACAUGUACACAGUGUGUCAAAAACUGUAGUGAAAGCAGACUAUCAAAUUUAUGUUCAGAAAAACGCAGAAAUAUGAUGUGUAUAUUUUGUACUGUACUUGGAUUUCCAGUGAAACUUUAUCUUAUAUUAAGCUUAUGUGUAUAUUUCGGGUUUUACAUUUUCCACAAUGUUUUAUUUGGCAAUAUUGUAGAUUGAUGUUCAUUGAGGUAGCAAAUGUAUCUUGUCCAUAUUUGCAGAGAUUAAAUUUUCAGCACUGAUGACCAAAACGAA